CUGCUGCCCGAAGGUUUUCCUCCUAUCUCAUAUUCGCACAAUUGGUGCUGCCUCGCUCUACCGAGAAGUCGCUGUUCCUCCAAUAGACUCGGAUUUGCCGUACUUCGUGCGGGUGUACUUUUUCGGGUUCGUUUUCUCCUUCGUUCAACGUUUUUACAUCCUUUAUAAUCAGACGCGCAGUUAAUUUUUCAACGGUUCGAUUCAGGGACUACCUAUACGGCAUACGCUCUGCAUCGUUAUUCAUGUGCACUCGAUAAAAGUUCAGUUUAUCAGUUUUCGUUCGAUUUUUGCGCUUCUCUGCAGCUGCUGGUGCUACUGCUGGUGCUGCGAUCGUAGCUGCAUAAUAGCCGUUAGCAAAGGAAAAAAAUUAUAUACCGAGUAACAACUAACACGGUCCAUACUAUUGAUUGUGCUGCGAACAUGGAUCGUGAGCUUAUUGACAAAUUCAUUGAAAUAACUGGAGAAGGAGAAGACACAGCUGCUCAAUACCUGUCUCUGACCGAUGGAAAUUUAGAAUCAGCAAUAAGUUUAUUGUUUGAAGCCGGUGGUGGUGGUGGUGGUGGUAUCGCUGACAGUACAGAACCAAGGCCAAUAGUUAAUCUUGAUGAUGAACCUGAAGUUAGGCCGCCUAUUUUGCCGACUCAGGAAGUCCUUGUUCCGCCAGAUGUCACAUGCUCUUAUCCUAGGUCUUCUAACAGCAUAUUUGACAGAUUUAGAGAUUUUGCCGUUGAAACAAGGAGACAAGAAGAAGAAAUGACACAAAGAGCAUUAGGCGCUAGAAGAACAACCAAUCGCAAUAAUAGACAGAGACGUUUGGAAGAUUUAUUCAGACCUCCUUGCGACAUAUUGUUUUUAGGUUCAUUUAUGGAAGCAAGGGAACAUGCUAAAAGCAUGAAUCGUUGGUUACUUGUCAAUGUGCAAGACCAACAAGAAUUUUCAUGUCAAGUUUUGAAUCGUGAUGUUUGGCCCAAUGCUCAAAUUCGUGAAAUCAUAAAUGAUCAUUUUGUGCUGUGGCAGGUUCUUUCAAAUUCAAUAGAUGGAAAACGUUACAUUGAUUUUUAUAAUGUGGCAAGCUACCCGUACAUGGCUAUCAUUGAUCCAAGAACGGGUGAAUGCAUGCGCACAAUCAUUAACAACAUUACAGUUGAUACUCUUGUAUCUGAUCUGAAUGACAUGUUAAGUACACAUGCAUCUCCUGAUAAUGUUGAAACUACUCCAAUCAAAAAGAAAACUUCAGUCUCUUUUUCAGAAAAUCUUCAAAAUGAAGCUGCAUCUAAUUCGUACAUGACAAAUGUAAAACGAUCUCGAGUUAUUGAUGCUAGUGCUACUAGUACUAAGACUACAUCUGAAUCAGAUUUAAGGGAAUCAAAACCGAGCACAAGUGUGAUGAGUGCACCCAAAACAGCAAAUUUCAUCAGUAAAAGAUCUAAAAUUGAUGAAAUGGAGAAAUCUAUUGAAAUAGAACCAGAACCUCCAAUUGAUCCAGCUGCACCCACAGUAAAACUGUGUCUUCGUUUGCCAAAUGGUAGUAAAGAAACUAUCACUAUUGUGGCUAAUGAUACAAUUGAGAACUUCAUGAGGAGAAUGGAAAGAAUGGGCUAUCCUGCAUCGGAAUACACUUUUCUUAUACCUUUUCCAAAAACGAACAUUGGAGAAUUAUCGAUGGAUAUAAGGCUUGUGGAUACUAUACUUUAUCCUACUAAUACAGUAUUUAUUACGAAAAUAUAGUCGAUCUGAGAGAAAAAAAGUGAUUUUUCACAGUUUUCUGAUUAAGAAACUUUUUUCAUUGUGGUUUUAAACUUGUCGAAAAAAGAGUGUAUCUGUGUAUUUUAUAGUCCUGCCUAAAUUUUUUUGAUUCGUUUUAUUAGUGAGUUUUAAAAAAUUGUGAAGUAAAAAUUAUUAAAUUACAUUCAUCUUUACUUUUGAUCAAAGUUGUUUUUAAGAAUAUUUCAAAACCAUUACUCUUUUAUAGUUCAUCAUGAAUAUAAUUUUCAAACAUCAAAUUCAAUUUUGAAUACAUAGUUUGUACAUAUUAAUUGCUGUCAAUCAUAACUUGUACAUUAAAAUUAAUAAUACUGUAAAUUCACUGCCGCAUAAGAAAAAUUCUUUAAAAUUUUUGUCUUAUAUCAAACGUCUUUAUUUUCAAUACUGAAUGUAUGGGUACGUUUUAAAUAAUUUAUAAGCAAUUUUGAAAGAAAAUACAUACAAUAUAUGUAUGUUCAGUAAAAGUAUGACUUGCAAAUUAAUACAUUAUUAUUAUAAAUUAGUUAUAAUUAAUACAGUUAAUUUUUGCUAAAAUAAAUAUAGUUAUUUGAUUAAGGAUCGUUCUAUAGACAUGUAAAAUAAUUUUAAAAGUUCAUUUGUUUUAAAAGAGGGUUUAUAAAAUUUAAACAUUUAAAUAAACAGAAGUAUUCAUAUUACUCUUAUUACUCAAUAUGUAUAUACAAAAAACUUGAUAUUUCUGUAAAAUUCGCUCAAUAACUUUGUUGUAACACCUUGUAAUAACAUAUUAUGGUAUAAAAAAUUUUAAAUCUGA